AUGAAUAAUAAUUAAACUUCUCAUGAAAUUUAAUCUUGUAAACAUGGCAAGAAAUCUUUUUCCAUAACUUCUUUAUAAGCUGAUCCAAACAAACUAAGAAAUAAUAAAAUACUAAGCAAUAACAUUUAAAUAAGUCGAGGAGAUUCUAUGAGUAGAAUGUCAUACGUUGAUAAAGAAGAUUACAUUGAUCAGAUUUAAAAGUUAAAAAAGGAGAAUAAUCUACUUAGAAUUGAGCUUAAGCAAGUUAAAUCUUAACUAAUGUAUUAUCAGGUAUAAAGUAUUUAAUUAAGAAAGAACUCGAUAGUUUAUAAUCAUAAUGUUAAGAAUCUGAUAACAUUUCUGUUCCACUUUAAUAGUAGGUCAAAAUUAAAUAGCUUUUGAAGACACUAUAACAAAAGGAAACAGAAAUUGAUUAACUUAAGAAACUAUUGAAGGUAGAUUAACUGAAUGAACAAUAAGAAUAAUUGUAAAAAUUAAGAGCAUUAUGUGAAAUACAAAAGUAGAAACUGCUCAAUAGUGAAACUGAAAUUAUCAUACCAACUAAAACUAAUAUCUUGAGAAAUUUGGAAGAAGACAAUAUUCGACUUGUUUAAAUUGUAACUGCUCUUGAAGAAAAAUUGAAGGGCUUUGAUUCGAUUAAAAAAUAAAAUACUAUAUUUUAAAGCAAAAUUUAAAACCAAUAAAAGUUAAUUCUCUAAUUACAGUUAGAAAUCAGAUAGUAUAAAGAUAGAGACACUAUUUUUGCUAAUAAAGUUACUUAAUAAAAUAAGUAAGAUAAUGUAAUUUAAAAAUUAACAACUGAGAUUAAUAAAUUGAGUCAAUCAAGCCAAAAUUAAUAAUCUUAAAUAGACAAUCUUAUGUCAAAUUUAUAAAAUUAAUAAGAUAAAUAUGAGAAGAUUAUUAUGGAAAAAGAAGAAGAAAUUUUAACUUUAAGAAUAAAAAUAGAAAAUAUCAAUAAAAUUAUGAUUGAAGAUCAUUAAGGAUUAUCUGAAUAGAGAAAUAGAAAAAAUAGUAAAAAUACACCUUUAUUCAAACCAUCUUCAUUUGCAAAUAUAAGUGGAAAUUUUAAAUUAAAUUAAGAUUUUGUUCUUUCAUCUUAAAGAUCAUAAAGUGCAACUCAUAGAAAGAAAUUAGUUUUAAUAACAAAAUAAGAUCUUUAAUAAGUCAUUAAAAUAUUGAAAUAUUAAUUACUAAUUAAUUAAAUAAAUCUUAAUGAUAUCGAUUAAGUAAUAUUUCAUAUAAUAAUUUAGCAUUUAUUCUGUUCAAUUUUAUAAGAUGAUGAUAUUCAAUUAAAAGAUUUAGUUGAAUCCAUACAAAAGUCUACCUUUAAAUUAAAUUAUCAAUAAGCCCAUUAAUUAGGUCUUUACUUGAUGGAUUCUGAAGAUGGAAAUGAGACAUCAUCUAAAUAGAGGAUACGUAGCAUAUUCAAAACAUUAGUUGAUAAUUACUAAUUGCCAUCAGCUUAAGAGAUUGCAAAUAUUAAAAAAGAGUUAUCAUAAAUAUUUAAUGAAUAAGAAUUCCAAAUGAUUAAGAGUUAAUUAAUUGUAAAAUAUGGACAUUAAAUAAAGAAAUUGCAAAUAUAUGUAUAUAAAUUCAAUAUUAGAUUAGGAUUUAUUUGAAAUAUUGUAAUUGAAGGAUAUUAAAUUAUCAAAAUAAAUAAAAGAAUACAUGGAAGCUAUGUUUUUUAAGUUAAAUGAUCAAACACCUAAUGUUUUUUAGAUUGAUUAAUUGCAAUUAAUUUACUCAAAUGAUGUGUGA